AAAGUAGACUUCAUUCCCUCUCUGAGGAGGCACGUGUUAACGUUUUUGCAGUUCCAAGGAAAAAAAAAGCCAUCACAAUGAAGCAGGUUUUAAUCUUGCUGUGCCUUCUGGUCUCCACCUUUGCUGCCCCUGCACCAGGCAGUGAGAGUAGUGAGCAGGCUGCAGCACACGCUAAUGAGGCCCUGAGGUUGAUGGAGAUGUACAGGCUAUACCAGCAGCAGGGGCUUGCAAAUCCCUUCCUUCGAGCUGCUGAUGCUCCUGCUAAUUCAGCUGUUGCGCCUGAGGUGGUUGCUUUUCAAGCCCAGCUGGCUCCCGCCCCUGCAGAGGACGUCUCAGACGAGGAAACCGAGGAUGGGAACCCCGCUCCUAGAAUUGCAGUGCCCGGUGCUCCUGCUGCUCCUCUGAACUCUGACGAAGAGGAGGAAGCUGAAGAGACGGAGGUAGCGGAGGUUGAGCCGACUGUGGUGGACACCGCACCUGCUGACACCACAGCAGCCCCGGCAGCAGACCCCGCAGCAGCUGCUGAACCUGAAGUGGUUGACAUCCCUCCAGAUGUUGCACCAGUUGAUGGUGUUGUUGUUGCCGUGCCCCCUGUUGACAUUGUUCCUGUGGACACAGCUGCUGAGGUGCCUGUCGAUGUGGCCGGCCCUGUCGCUACUGACGUUGAUGUUGUUGAUGUUCCUGCAGCCACAGCAGCUGCUGAGGUCCUUGCAACACUGUAAUUAUCCACCUCUCCCUUGUCUGCGAAGGUGUAUUGUGUGUUUACAGAAAAUUGGAGCUUGAAACACCCUUAGCUUACUUAGUUGUAGGCUUCUUGGAUGAACAUUGGAAGAAGCCAUGACAAAAGAAUAAGUAAAGAUGUUGCUUGUCCACAUCUACGCCAAAAUCUUGAUGUGGAUUAUUUUUCUUUUAUCCCCUUUUUACAUUUCUUUCCUCAAAAAAAUGUUAAUUGGUUUGCAAUUUUUCAGUUGUGUCCACUGAGUGAGUGACAAAAUGUCAGAAAAAGUUUUGUUUUUUUUCUGUAUCCACAUUUUAUUGUUACAAAUUAAAACAAAUAUUCUUGCUGAACACAUGUUGCCAUGUAAACUUUUUAUCUGAGUCAUAAUGCUAUAUUUUCAGACUGAGUACAAUUGUGUCUGACCAUUUUGAUUUGGAAUAAAAAUAAAAUCCCAGGUGGGGCUCCUCAAUGUUUUAUUUUGGGUGAUUUUUAUUCAUAUGAGGGAGAAUCUGUACACUCCUCCAUCUCUUACAAGACAAAUCCUAAUAAAACGUAAUAUUUCUGUGUCACCACA